AUGGAUGCUCAUGGUGUUCCUCCUCCUUCUUCCUCUAUUUGUGAGAAAUACGACUACGAUGUCUUUCUUAGUUUUAGAGGUGAAGACACACGCGAUAAUUUCACAAGCCACCUUUAUGCUGCUUUGAAACGUAAGAAGAUCAACACUUAUUUCGAUGAGGAAAGCCUUGAGAGAGGAGACGAAAUCAAUCUUGCACUCCCUGAAGCAAUUCAGAGGUCAUACAUUGCGAUAAUCAUUUUUUCGAAAGAUUAUGCUUCUUCGUCGUGGUGCUUGUGCGAGCUUGAGCAUAUAUUUGAAUGCCAUCGAGAAAAUAAACAGGUGAUAAUACCAAUUUUUUAUGGGGUAGAUCCAUCUGAUGUACGGAAACAAAAAGGAAGCUAUGAGAAGUCAUUUAUAGAGCAUGAAAAUCGUUUCAAGGACAAAGUGGAAAUGGUUACAAAAUGGAGAAUUGCUUUAACAAAAUCAGCCGAUCUCAGUGGUUAUGAUUCACGAGUCACUAGGCCUGAGUCAAAAUUAGUUGAAGCAAUUGUAGAAGAUGUUUUGAGGAAAUUGAAUCGUGGAUCGUCAUCAAAUUUUAUUCCUAAGGGUCUAAUUGGGAUUGAGAGACAGAUCGCAGAAAUUAAAUCAUUAUUAAGUGUUUCUUCUCCAAAAGUAUGCGUUGUAGGCAUUUGGGGAAUGGGCGGCAUGGGUAAAACUACACUUGCCCAAGUUAUAUUUGAUCAACUCUCUUCUCAAUUCGAAGCUUGUUGCUUUGUUGCAAACGUGAGGGAAGAAUCGGAGAAGGGAUCAUUGAUUAACUUAAGAAAUAAGCUUCUUUCUGAAUUAUUAAGGGAAGAAAAUCUAAAUGUGGGAACCCCAUCUCUAGGACCAACUUUUGUCAAAGAGAGGCUUAAGCGUACGAAGGUUCUCAUUGUUCUUGACGAUGUUAACCAUGUCGAGCAAUUAAAUUUUUUUGUUGGGGACCGUGACCAGUUUAGCUGUGAAAGCAGAAUCAUUGUAACAACUAGAGAUGUUAUGGUGCUUAGGGAUAUUGCAGUGGACGGAAUGUACGAGGUUGAGAAAUUACAUUUCAAUGAGUCUCUUCAACUAUUUAAUUCGAUUGUUUUUAGAGAAAACGCUCCUGAUAUGGAUUAUAAGGAUCUAUCGAAAAAUGUGGUUGAGCAUGCUGGUGGCCUUCCAUUGGCAAUUACAGUUUUGGGUAAACACUUUCGUUCUCUCCGUAUUCAGAGCCAAAAAAGUUGGGAAAUGGCGUUGGGGAAACUAAAAAUUGGAUGCGUAGACAUUGAUCCUCGUUAUAAUGGGCUUCAAAUGCAUGAUCUAUUGCAAGAAAUGGGUAAAAAUAUUGUCCGUCAAGAAUCUACAAAACUUGGAGAGCGCAGUAGGCUAUGGAUUACUGAAGAGGCUCGUCAAGUCCUAGAGAACAAUGAAGGGACUGCAAAAGUUGAAGGAAUAUUCCUAGACUUGUCCGAAAUUGAUGAAGAGAUACACUUGGAACCUACAGUUUUCAGAAAGAUGUCUAAUUUGAGAUUGCUCAAAAUUUACGAUUCCUCUUAUGGCAAGAAAGGCAAAUUGUACCUUCAGGAUCUCCGUUAUUUUCCUCGUUUACUUAGGUAUCUCGAAUGGCAUGAAUAUCCUCUAAAAUAUUUACCAUCAAACUUUAAGCCAAAAAAUCUUGUUGUCCUAAAGAUGCCCUACAGUCACAUUGUGCAACUUUGGGUUGGAGUCCAGGAGCUUAACAAGUUAAGUGAAAUUGAUCUAAGACACUCCAUUCACCUAACUCAAAUUCCGGAUCUGUCAAGUGCUCCAAAUCUUGAGAGAAUAAAUCUCGAGUAUUGCACAAAUUUGUUUCAAGUUCCUUUGCAUACUCAGCAAAAUCUUAACAAGCUUAUUGAUGUGGAUCUAAGCCACUGCUACCAGCUUCAGAGUGUGCCAGAUAGAAUAUUUGAUGCUGCCUCUAUGACAACUCUUACUCUCAACACUCUUCCAAGCCGGAGCCUUGUGUCUUUAAAUUUAAGUUCAACUGGAAUAACGUCUUUGCCUUCAUCAAUUGUCUCUCUCAAUAAUCUUUCGAAAUUGUCUCUCAGAAACUGUACAAGACUUGCAAGUCUUCCAAGUUGCAUGAAUAAGCUGGAUUCUCUAAAGGAACUUGAAUUAGACGGGUGCUCAAUUCUUGAGAUGUUUCCAGAGCUUCCAUUGAAUAUAAUGAGGUUGGAUAUUGAAGGGACUGCAAUUAAGGAUGUGCCCUCAGCAUCGAUUGAGGAUCGAUUUUUUCUCCUGGAUAUUGGAAUGUCCAAUUGUAAAAGUCUUGCGAGUUUGCUAUCCAACAUUUUUAAGAUGAGGUCUCUUCGUGACCUUAAUCUUAAUGGUUGCGCAAAUUUGAAGAGCCUUCCGGAAAUCUUAGAUCCGAGGAAAAUUUUAAAAUGGCUUCGUUUAGGCGGAACAGGGAUUAGAGAGCUACCAAUAUGUGAUAUGGCUAAGCUUUCGGAUCUCGAUCUUUCUGAUUGUCCAAAACUUGACUAUUUUCCAAUCUCAAGUGGUUUCCUCCGUUGGGAUCUGGAAUUUCUUGAUCUCAGUGGCUCUAAUAUAAUAGCAAUCCCUACAAGCGUCAAAGGGCUUUCUAAGCUGAUAAAGAUUACGUAA